UAAAUUUAAAGGGCCCGCUCCCUCCCAGAAGUUAGUCUGAAGGGACACGGUGGUUGUGUGUAUGUGUGGACAGCGUUUUGUCAUGGGACCUGUGCGGUUGGAAAUACUGCUUUUCAUUCUAGUAGCGUACACUGCGUGUACUGAGACUACGAAAAAGGAGGACGAUGAUACAGAACGUUUGCCCAGCAAAUGCGAAGUGUGUAAGCUGCUGAGCAUGGAGCUUCAGGAAGAGCUGAGUCGCACGGGUCGAUCUCGAGAAGUGCUGGAGCUGGGGCAGGUGCUAGACACGGGCAAGAGGAAGAGGCACGUGCCCUACAGCCUUUCCGAGACAAGAUUGGAAGAGGCUUUGGAGAAUUUAUGUGAGCGGAUCCUGGACUACAGUGUUCACGCUGAGCGCAGGGGCUCCUUGAGAUAUGCCAAGGGUCAGAGUCAGACCAUGGCAACACUGAAAGGCCUGGUACAGAAGGGAGUGAAAGUGGAUCUGGGGAUCCCUCUGGAGCUGUGGGACGAGCCCAGUGUGGAGGUCACAUUCCUCAAGAAGCAGUGCGAGACAAUGCUGGAGGAAUUUGAAGAUGUUGUGGGAGACUGGUAUUUCCACCAUCAGGAGCAGCCCCUGCAGCAUUUUCUCUGCGAAGGUCAUGUGCUUCCAGCCUCUGAAACUGCUUGUCUACAGGAAACCUGGACUGGAAAGGAGAAGAUCAGUGAUGGCCAUGAGGAGGAAGAGGAGGAGGAAGAAGAGGAGGAAGAAGAAGAGAUAACCAAGGCUUCAGGCAAUUCCAAGCAUGACCCAGAGGACCUUUGAACCCCCAGGAGGGGUCAUGGGGAGUUUUCUAAACUCACUCUCUCUUCCCCACGCCAAGGCUUGUAACCAACCGUCCUUUCCGUAUGAUCCCGGGACCCAAAACAGCAACAUGAGAGGAGAAAAAGGUGUAAGAAGCUGGGGCAAGUUUUGCCUUCAGAGAUGAGCCACAUGCCGCCACUUAAUUGACCAAAUGCGUGUGGUGACGGUGUUGAAGCUUUCUCUCUAUUUUUGGUCCUCACCUGCACCAAUUGGUCAGUGAUGGUAUGAGCUGUGGGAAAGUCUUUUUGCUUUUUGAAGGAGGUCUAUUUUGACCUGUUCAAGAGGCCAGAGGAGGGCUACAGAUGUAGCUCAGUUGGUAGAAUGUCUACCUAGUAUGGACAAGGAUGUGAAUUGGAUCACCUAAUACCUGAUGGUGGUAAACCCCUAUAAUCUCAGCACUUGAGAACUGGAGGCAAGAAUAUCAGAAGUUCAAAGCCAUCAUCCAGCUACGUGGCAGUUCAAGACCAACCAGAGCUACAUUAAGUCCCUUUCUCAAAAUAAGAAGCCAAAAAGGGACUAUAUACACAGCCUGCAAACAUGAGACUGUACGCCAUCAGUCUGUGAACAGGGCAGUGGAAGCAAUGCCGAUAGGUUAGGUGGGUAGAUAUGUGAUCUAUUUCAUAUUUUAUAGGUGCCAUAUUUUCUAUAUCGCGAUUAAAUCUUUUCCGUAUGACUUGA